UUGUGACACGAACCCGUGUUCUGAGCCUCGCUGCUGGACUGAAGCUGGAUGUAAAAGUUUCGUCUGAAGCGAACGUCUUCUUUUACGUCUCCUGCUAAAUUUGACUUUCUGUGACCUUCUUUUCUCCUCCUCCUCCUCCUCCUCCUCCUCCUCCUCCUCUGUCCGGACCGGCCCUCCUCAGAGAAGAGACAUGGGGUCCGCGGGAUGUUUGGGCUCGGUGCUGCUGGUCCUGGUCCUGCUGGAGCUCCAGCUCUCCGCGGGGUUCUGGAUCAUCAAUCUGGUCUUUCCGCCCAACAGCAAAACCAACGUGACGAGCAGCAGCACGCCGCCGCUCAUCAUCGUACCAGGAAACCUGGGGAACCGUCUGGAAGCCAAAAUCAAUAAACCCACGCUGGUGCACUGGUUGUGUUACAAGAAAACGGAGCACUGGUUCCCUCUGUGGAUCGACCUGAACAUGUUCAUGCCGGUAGGCGUGGACUGCUGGAUCGACAACAUCCGACUUCAUUACAACCGGACGACUCGGCGCUCCUCCAACUCACCGGGGGUUCAGGUGCGAGUACCAGGAUUCGGGGAGACCUAUUCCGUGGAGUUUCUGGACUACAACAAACUGGCAGGUUAUUUUCACUCCAUGGUGCAACAUCUGGUCAACGUGGGCUACGUCCGCAACGAGACGGUCCGCGGCGCCCCAUACGAUUGGAGGCGAGCGCCACAUGAAAAUGCGGAAUACUUCACGAAGCUGCAGGGUCUGGUGGAGGAGAUGUAUGAGGAGUACCAGAAGCCCGUUUACCUGCUGGGACACAGCAUGGGCGGCCAUUACGUCCUGUACUUCCUGAACCAUCAGCCCCAAGCCUGGAAGGACAAAUACAUCCGGGGCUUCAUUUCCUUGGGUGUCCCAUGGGGCGGCGCCGUUAAAGUCAUUAGAGUCCUCGCCUCGGGUGAAAACGACGGCAUCCCGAUGAUUUCGAACAUUAAGAUCCGCGAGAAGCAAAGGAUGAUGACAACUCAUGCCUGGAUGCUGCCAAAUGAGGGGCUGUGGCCAGAAGACCAUGUCUUUGUCUCCACGCCGACCUUUAACUACACCAAUCAGGACUACCAGCGCUUGUUCAGGGACAUCGACGACGAGGAUGACUGGUACAAGUACGAGGACACCAAGAACCUCACCAGUGCUCUCCACCCGCCCGGUGUGGAGGUGUGGUGCAUGUACGGCGUGGGCUUGCCGACCCCCGUGACCCACAUUUACAACGAGGAGUUUCCGGACGCGGACCCGGUGGACUAUGUUUACGCCGACGGUGACGACUCGGUGGACAGCUUCAGCACGGGGCUGUGCAAACGCUGGGCGGGUCAGCAGGAGCAGCCCGUCCACGUGACGGAGUACCGAGGACUGGCCCACCUGGACAUCGUGUUCCACGAAAAGGUGCUCAGUCAAAUCCAGGAGAUCCUGGAGGGGAAAUCAGACGUUCCCAAAGAGGUGGACGUCCGGUUUGUAGGUUUAAACGCCACACAGAGUUCUACACCUUUAAACAGCUGACUUUAAAGUGUUUAACCUUUAUCUUUAGUCAUUAUAAUAACAUUAAAUAGAUAAAAGAUCAAGUAACUAAAAAUGUAUUUCACCAAGAUGACCCAUUUAUUCUGCAGUCUGUUGUUUUUGUGUGAGAUCUUUUUAUUGAGUAUGUUUCUGUUUAGGUUUUGUAUAUCUGUAGAAUUUGAAGCUAAAGCUGAUUAUUAUUAGUUUGGUGAACACUUGGUGUUUGUAUAUGAUGCUCAAAAACAGAUAAAUUGCCUUUUUUUUAUUUUCACAAUAAAAGUUUCUGGAUUGAUGAUGUCAGAUUAGAUCAUCUCAUUCAGAUAUCUUCAGUCUAGUUGUUUAAGAUUACAAUCUGGGACAGAAUAGAUGUGAAAUUAAACACAUUUUCACUGUUUUAUAGAUUCUUACAAAAACAUUUGUAGAGGUUGUUAAUUCUCUAUGAAAAUAUUUAUUAUAAAAUGUUAACAUUGACAAUAUUCAUCCAUUAAGAGUCUUUUUUUCUGUUUUUUCAUAAACUGCCUUUCAGAACAAGGGUUUUUCUAACAUGUCUGAAGUACAUUUACAACAUUAAAGAUUGUUGAAAUACAAA